CAAGCAUGAUAGAAAUAUUGAUAUUCUUAUACAAGUGUGUUUAUGUUUUUUUAAGAAAUGCAUGAAAAUAUUUUUUCAAAUACCUUCAAACUUAUAAGAUAAAGAUACUGAAAAAUUAUGUUGAACUCUACAAAUAAUAACAUCGAUUCUGUAAAACGGCAAGAAAUAGUGUUGGAUGAAAUUCAAUCUGACGUUGAAAAUUAUUCGGAUAAUGAAUUACCUCUUUCGUCAAUAGUACCAACUAUUAAUACUAAAGCAUAUCAAGAUAUUAUAUUGGAUAAUAUCCAAUCUAAUAUGAAAAAUGCCUUAGAAAAUGAGUUACCUCUUUCAUCAAUAUCUACUUUUAAUGAUAAUUGUAGGAUUCCAAACCAUCAAGUAAUCAAUUUGGAUGAAAUUCAAUCGGACAAUGAAAAUUGCUCAGAUAAUGAAUUACCUCUUUCAUCAAUAGCAAAUGUAUUGUUUCCAAUUGGUAGCUGUAAAGUUGAUAAAUCUGAGUCAAUUGAUUGCCGAUCCAAGGUAAACAAUAAUCAUAAUACAUCUGCCUUACAUCAAAUAUCCACUAAAGUACAAAGUAAAAUAGAUUCACCAAUAAGGAAGUAUGGGUGCGAUAUUUGUGGGAAAAUAUUUCUUAAGCGUAUUGCGAUUAUUGAACAUUUUAGAACUAGUUUAUGCUUUCCAGACAGUCCUUUUGAUUUUGAACUCAACAGCCCUAAUCAUAAUUUGUGCAACAAUUCUGAAGAUACGAUGUCAAUUAUUAACAAUAUCAGUGAUUUAGAAACUAAUAAUAUGAAGGCUAUGACCUACAAAUGUAGAAUUUGUCAGAAUUUAAUUAAAAAUAACAAUUUAACAAAAAGGCGACUACUAUCAAAUACUAAAGAAAAUAACUUAUGUAAUAUAUGUUCAGUUUUGGAUAAUAUUGCAUGUGGAAAUAAUCAACAUGUUAUAGAAAAAUAUACAUGGAAAUGUAAAUCUUGUGGGCAGACAUUUACUAAAUUAACUGUUUUAAAAGCUCACAGAUGUAAUUUUUCAAAGAAUAAAUUAUUUAACUGUUAUAAAUGUCAUAAGUCUUAUAGAAACUUAAGUGCUUUGGAAAAACAUAAAUUUAUUCAUAAAUUUUACUGCAAUAUAUGUCAUAAACAAUUCUUUAAACAAUCAACUUUAGCAAAUCAUCAAAGAAUACACUGUUUAAAAAGUAUCGAUCAACAUAAUUUUAAUCUAAAGUACUUAAAUUCUAGUGUAUUAAAUCAUACUAAAAAAGCCCAUAACUCGUCUAAAAAUUAUGAGUGCUCAAGAUGUUCAGCAGUAUUUUAUAAACGUUCAGAAAUAAUUUCUCAUAUUUUUGAAAAUCAUCAAGAAGAUUAUUCCAAGUAUAGUUGUGAUGAAUGUACAAAUGUAUGUGAUUCUUCAGGAGACUAUAUUUUACAUUUAGCAAAAAACUGUUGCAAAUGUGAUGUUUGUCCUCAAUCAUUCACAACGUCUCAUAGACUACAGCAGCAUUAUAGAUGGCACCUUGGUAUUAAUAAUUUUAAAUGCCAAUUCUGUCCUAAAACAUUUUCAAAAUGUUCUUUAUACUUAUCUCAUGAAAAAACGCACACAAGAGAAAAACCAUUCAUAUGUAAUUUUUGCGGCAAAUGGUUUCCAGAGACGUCAAAUUUUAAUAUACAUUUAAAACCAUAUAAGCUUUUUGCAUGUAAUAUAUGCCUAAAAUCUUAUACUCAGAUGUCAUCUUUAUUAUCCCAUAAAAGAAUACAUGCUAAAGAAAAAUUUCUAAAAAAUAAAAACUGUAAUCAAUUGUUAACUUUAAAAGUACGUACAAGGCAACAAUAUACUAGAAGAAAGCGUUUUAAUUGUAAAGUAUGUGCUAAAUCAUUUCUUCAUUCUUGGUCAUUAAGUGCUCAUCUAAAAACACAUAAAAACAAUAAGAAUGUUAAAAAAUCAUUCUUAAAUAAACACAAAAGAUUACAGAAAAAUUCCAUAUGUAUUAAAUGUAAUUCAUGCCAAGAAUUAUUUGACAACCAGAAUAUUUUAACCACUCAUAUAUGUAAGUCGUCUACAUGCAAAUAUUGUCUUGAAGUCUUUAAAAAUGUUUCUUCACUUAAAAGACACUAUAAGUAUGUACAUCAAAAAAACAAUGAAUUCUUUGACUGUGAUAUUUGUAAAAUAUCAUUUAUGUGUUCAUCUAGUCUUAAUGAACAUAAAAAAAAGCAUACUCAAUGUGAAAAAAAUAAGUCUCUUACAUUUAAUGUCAAUAACAAAAUAAAUACAGAAAAAGAAGAAAUGUAUUUAGAUGAAGAAUUUAAAUGUGAUCUUUGUAUGAAAAGUUUUUCCAGUCAAUCACAAAUUGUUCCUCACAUCCUAGAAACUCAUUAUUAGGUUUACAUUAAACAUGCAUAUGCAUAUUUAUAAUUUUUUUUUUUUUAAAUCUUGAUUAUGUAAUCAAC